AUGACAGCUAACCAGAAAGCUCCACAACAAUCCCUGAUUUCAGACCCGACAGGCCAGAGACAUGUUACCAACACUGGCAUCCAUAGCUUUGACCUGCGCCACUACUCUCUCGACGGACCCGGCGAAUCUCCAGGAGGAUACCAAUCAUCCUCAGCAUCUCGUAGUAGGCGAUCACAAAGCACCAGAGAUGAAACGCAUUCUCCUCAAUCCACUCGACAGCGCAGCUCCGAUAGCGAAUCAUCUCAACUAGCGUCACCUCCACCCCAGAUACCUCAAACGCGAAGAUGGCAACUCUUGGACGCCUUGGCGAUGGAAUUUAGACGACGUGAUGAGAGGUCUUCUCAGGCUCUACCGUUCCCCUCAUCGGAUCUCUCCUGGGACCAAUAUGUGUCGGAUGAUAGUGUGACCGAUUACCGCGCCAUCGGAGCUCAAUACCAAGCAUGGAUAGCCGGCCGAAGCACAACGACAUGUCCAAUCCGACGAUCAAGAGUCACCUGGGGUGACUUAAUCAACCACCCACUCCAAGAUCACAGCUUUGAGGUGCAUCUAGACGAGAAUAGAUCAACACCCGAGGAAGCGGGCAGCAUCGAAUCAACCGGGCUUUCGACGGGGAAUGAUUGGCGUUAUGUUUACUUGAGGCAAUAUCGACACUCGUAUGGUGACCAAGAGGGUUGGACUGUUUACCAACACCGCACUGGGCUUGGCGCUAUCUUCGUUGAGAACAUCACAAGACGAUCUGGGCCAUACUGGUCUCAAGUGGCUCAGGCGCAGUACCAGCUCGAUAACCACAUCGAUACGCUCCGGUAUGUUUAUUUUAUCAACGUUCAAAAUCUGCAUACCUGGCCCUACGUGGAAAUCCAAUUAUACCCUCGUCAUGGCUUGCACUGGUUUAAUGACCAUGAGCCCCAGCGUUGGGCAUACGGUACUAGAGAGUAUCAGGAGCUCUUGGGUACGAAGCUGGGAGAGGGGGUGGCUCGUCUGGUUCUGGGGGCUUGGCCGACAGGCACGCAUCGCAUCCACGCCAUUCAUACAUGGACCAUUGUCGGAAACCUACAGAUGAGGUUUGAUAUUAAGCAAAUUUGA